AAGGACGUGCUCAACGGUUCACGAAAACGCCUGACGUUCUGAGCGGUUUUGGCGUCGUCUUCAUCGGAAUAUUCGCUCUAUUUGACUUGGACUGCUCCAUAUAUACUCACUGGACCAGAUUCAUCUCUUGCUAGACUGGGACUUUUGAUUCUACUACUAGUAUUACUAAUUUUCGCGGAGGCUACGCUCUUCAAUAGCCGUUAUAAGACAUCUACAUUGUGCCAAGGCGACCAGCAGCAUAGGCCAUAGAUACAGCCAUCCCAUCAUCAGUUCUCCCAGAUCUCUCUUUGCCUCAUUGCCACCGCCAUACCAAUUUCAAGAUGACCUCAGCUGCCCAGGUUGAGAAGGAGCAGGGAAAUAUCGCCUUCAAGGCGGGAAAACUCGCCACUGCGCUUGAACACUACACAAAAGCCAUGAACCUCGAUCCUGCAGACGUUACCUUUCCGUUGAACAGAGCGAUGGCUAAUCUCAAGCUCAGAAGAUGGUCUGAGGCGGAGAAAGAUGCAAGCGCUGCACUCCACCUGGAACCGGAGAACCUGAAAGCGCAUUGGAGACGAUGUGCAGCUCGUAAAGAGCUUGGUGAUUUCACUGGUGCUCGUCAAGAUCUUUGGGCGUACUUUCAUGCGGGAGGCGAACCGCAGCACCUCGUUGAUGAAAACAUCAAGAUCUCCAGAGCGGAAGUCGAAGCUAUGCUGGUAGCAACUCGACAGUCAACAUCCAAGUUCUUCAAAGUGAAAGAGUCCCCAGGCAAAGGACUCGGCGCAUUUGCUACUCGAGCCUUCCAGCGUGGCGAUCUCGUCUUCGCAGAACGGCCCCUCUAUAUACUCUCCAAGGAUCAAGCCGAACAGGGCAUGUUAGAGGUCAUGUUCCGCGUCUCACCAUCUGCUAGGAAGGAGUUCAUGUCCUUACACGACUCAGGGACAUUCCCUGUUCCACCUGAAGGUGAUCCUAUAAUCAAUAACCCCCAGGCCGCAGAGAUGGUCAAAAUCAGGAGUAUUCAGGAUUCGAACGCUCUCGGGGCCGGCGCGGAUAAGCUUGUCCUAGGGUUGCGCUUCGCUCGAUUCAAUUUCUCCUGCGCCCCAAACGCAAGAUACUCGUGGCACGAUGCCACACGGACAAUGAGGUUGCACGCCCUGCGGACCAUCGAGAAGGGGGAGGAGAUUACCUUUGCCUCCGCAACUCAGGACGAUAUGUAUGGUAAAACGAGGAAGGAGAGACAAGAGCGUCUGAAGCCCUAUAAUUUCGCGUGCCUCUGCACCGCUUGCACUCUCCCCCGGCCAGAACAGGUCGGUAGUGACCGUCGACGCAAAGAGUUGCUGCGUCUGCACGACGGGCUGCACGUGCACCGCGAGCAUAUCCGCGAACCAUGGCAGACAAAAUCGAAGCUUUUCGACGUCGUUAAGGCGCUCCGCAUAAUGGAGGAAGAAGGCCUCGCAGCGGACAUGGACGAUUUCACGAGCAUGGCGUCGCAGCUUUGUUCCUUCCAUUCCGACUGGGAGUCGGUCAAGUAUUGGGCUACAAGGACCUAUGAGACGAGGGCGGCUCAAUAUGGCGGGGAUAGUCAGAGGGCCCUCGGGGCGCUGGAGCCUCAGAUGAUCGACCUGUUACUUAGUCCACGGACCACCGAGCUAGCAGGAAAGGGGCAAGUUGAAUUGUUUACGGAUGUGCGCCCGUAAUAUAUACUUUCCAAGGGGCCACAAGUUGUAUCUAUCUUGGUAUUCUAGUAUUCCAACGAAACACGACGAU